CCUUUUCUUAUUUAUCCCAGUUUCUUGAAUAUUUAAUGGAAAAUGGCGAUCUGCUUGCAGUCGUACGGUAUUUUCUGCCUCUUCACUAUUCAAACUGUACUUAUCAUAUGCGUCUCCACGCCGACGGACGGGACCCACCUCUUCCCCCAGCACUACACAAUGAUUCACUGGGCUGGACGCAUCGAGAAGGAGCUGGAAAAAGUUCUGCAGCAUGUCACUGGAACUCAGCAGAUGAGAUUGAUUUAUAAUGAGAAGAAGAGCCAGUUUGAAAUCAAGAGGAACAACCCCAAGGACUUGGUGGAGCGAGUGGCACGGGACAUCUCCAAGCUGCUCAACAGUAAGAGAAAAGCCCUGGAGAAACUGGCCAGGGAGGCAGAGCAGCUUCAGAAGGAGCAUGUAUGGCAAGACGGUGUGACGGAGAAUGCCAUUUUAUACUACGAUUCCAAAGCGGAUUCAGACUAUAUGGAGGACGGAGAAGCUGAGAACCCGCUGGAUAUCUCAUCCUCUUUGGAGCUGGAGUUUAUGGACGAUCCCAAUUUUAAAAACAAGGUCAAUUACUCGUCCAGUGCAGUCCAGAUUCCUACAGACAUAUACAAAGGCUCCCCAGUCAUCUUAAAUGAAUUAAACUGGACCCAAGCCCUGGAAAGGGUCUUCAUCGAAAACCGUCGGGAGGACAGUUCUCUGCGCUGGCAGGUGUUUGGCAGUGCCACGGGAGUAACACGAUACUACCCAGCCACUCCGUGGAGGGCACCCAACAAGAUUGACCUGUACGACGUCCGCAGAAGACCAUGGUAUAUCCAAGGUGCUUCAUCUCCAAAGGACAUGGUCAUCAUUGUGGAUGUGAGUGGAAGUGUCAGUGGACUCACUCUGAAGCUCAUGAAAACCUCAGUUGUGGAGAUGCUGGACACUCUGUCAGAUGACGAUUAUGUGAAUGUGGCCAGGUUCAAUGAGAAGGCCGAUGCUGUUGUUCCAUGCUUCAGGACACUCGUCCAAGCGAACGUUCGUAACAAAAAGAUCUUCAAGGAGGCCGUCAUGCAUAUGCAGGCCAAAGGAACCACUGAUUACAAGUCUGGCUUCACAUUUGCCUUUGAGCAGCUUCUCAAUGAGAGCAGUGCCCCAAGGGCCAACUGCAAUAAGAUGAUAAUGAUGUUUACAGAUGGCGGUGAGGAUCGUGCACAGGAAAUCUUUGAGAAGUACAACUGGCCCAACAAAACGGUUCGUGUGUUCACCUUCUCUGUUGGCCAGCAUAAUUAUGAUGUCACCCCUUUGCAGUGGAUCGCUUGUGCCAACAGAGGUUACUACUUUGAAAUUCCAUCGAUUGGAGCAAUCAGAAUCAACACCCAGGAGUACCUGGAUGUCCUGGGCCGUCCUAUGGUGCUGGCUGGGCCCAGAGCCAAGCAGGUGCAGUGGACAAACGUCUACCAGGAUGCUCUGGGUUUGGGCCUUGUCAUCACUGGGACAAUGCCAGUGUUCAACCUCACUGCUGAUAGUGCAAGCUCUCAGAACCAGCUCAUUCUGGGAGUCAUGGGAGUAGACAUUGCAAUCAAUGAAAUAAAAAAGAAGACACCUACAUACAGACUUGGGGCUAAUGGUUACAUCUUUGCCAUUGAUCCAAAUGGCUAUGUACUGCUGCAUCCCAACCUGCAACCUAAGAUCAUUAACUUCAGGGAGCCUGUCACUCUGGACUUUCUGGAUGCAGAGCUGGAGGACAGCAACAAGGAGGAGAUCCGCCGACUAAUGAUUGAUGGCAAAUCAGGGCAAAGGAAAAUCAAGACACUCAUUAAGUCAGUUGAUGAGAGGUACAUCGACGAGGCCAUGCGGACGUACACAUGGACCCCUGUGGAGGGUACAGAUUACAGUCUAGGGCUGGUUCUGCCCACGUAUAGUGAAAACCACAUCAAGGCCAACCUGAGCGACCAGAUCCUUCAGGUGCAGUGGCCAUACAGCAAGGGCAAGUAUAUUCAAUAUUGGUCCACGUUCCCUACCUUUACUUCCUACUCCCUACCACUGCCUCCUCCUUCCCACCCCCUCCCCUCCUGCUGACCUCCUUCCUACUGUACCCUCACCUAUCCCAGCCUGCUUGCCUCUGUUCCUGCCCGUCUUGCCUUCAGGACCCCCUCUUCUUUCCUUUUCCCUCUUUUUUUUUUCUGCCUCCUCUUCCUUCUUUUAUCCCUCUUCCUUUUCCUCUUCACCUUCUUGCUGCAGCUCAGAUCCCACAUCUCUCACGAUGGCUCCUACAGUCGCCCAACCUCACCCUCCACCACAUAUAUUCUGCUGCUCCAGAAGCAUAAAAAAGCCUACUGCACCCAAGGAAGACAGAUAUUCAUGUUCUCUGUUAAAGCUUGUCUUUUGUCCACCACUUCUAAUCCUUCCUCUUCUGUGAAUACUGUAGCUCCAAAUGGGUUGUCUGCCUUCUUUCUGCCCCUUUCUCCCUCUCUUUCUCUCACUUUCUUCUCAUUUUCUAUUACCAUAUUUCUCUCUUUUUCUUAACUGC